AUGGCUUCGCUGCAAAACGGAGAUGGGGCUCUCAGAGACUUCAUCAGUAAACACUCUCUUCCUGAGGUUUAUCAGGCAUUGUUAACAGGGUUAUGUCCCGCGUGUCCUGAAACUACAUUUCAGUUGCUGGAGAUGAAAAUAAUGGAAAUUCAGGAAAACUGUAACCUUGAAAUUGACUGGAAUGCAUGUAUUGAUGCCGUGCAGCAAGUUACCAUGGCUGCGCUGGAGGGAAACAUGAUGCACGGCAUCUUCGGGAACUUGGACGACAGCACGUCUCUAUCACACCUGUUUGAGAAGGCAUACUCAUAUUACCGAAAAAAUUUAACGAAACUGUGCUUCAAAGCUUGGGUGAAGUACAUUUUGAGGAGACGGAGGGAGGCGGCGGAGCUGGUUCUGAAGAUGCGGGACGCGGAGCUUCACCACACGCAGAGCAGGCUGAAGCUGGCCCUGCAGCGCUGGAUCCGAUGGGUGCAGCUCCGCAAACACAGGCAGCGUGAGGCAUUAAAGAAGAUUGAAGGAGUGUGGAAUGCCGUCCACUGCAAGACCGUUCUAAGGGCGUGGCAGUGUGUUGUGAGGGACUCCAAAAAGACAAAGGAAUACUUCGAGCGGCUGGAGAAAGGACUGCUGGAGGCGGAGACUUAUGACACGCCAACGCCCCCUGGAGACGGAGAGGAUGGAGUGUCCCUGUUGCCGUGGAAGCUUGCACUAAAGAUCUUCCAGAAUUUAGAGUUUGGUGACCUAGUGAGAUGUGGCCAGGUGUGUCGCACCUGGAAUGCCAUCACCCAGACCUGCUCUCUCUGGAGCCAGAUCAACUUUUCCACAGAGAAGCAGCGGAUCGUGGACAGCGCCGUGGUUCAGGUCCUGCAGAAAUAUCGUCCUUUUGUGGUCCAUCUGAACAUGCGUGGCUGCUCCCUGCUGCAGUGGCCCAGCCUCACAUGCAUCAGUGACUGCAGGAACCUGCAGGAGCUGAAUCUGUCCGAGUGCGCCAGUGUGAACGAUGAGGCUGUGGGGAAGAUUGUGGAAGGCUGCUCAGUGCUGCUGUACCUGAACCUGUCCUACACUGCCAUAACAAACAGCUCUUUCAGAGCACUGUCCAGGUGCUGCCUCAGUCUCCGCUAUCUGAGCCUGGCUUACUGCAAGAGGUUCACAGACAAAGGCUUACAGUACCUGGCCGCAGGGAAAGGCUGUCACAGAAUCAUCUAUUUGGACCUCUUGGGCUGCACUCAGGUCAGUGCUCCUGCGCUCUCUGUCCCGUCAAUCUCGGCGGACGGAUUCAGGCACGUCGGCGUGGGCUGCAGGCUGCUGGAGCGCGUGGAACUGAAUGGCAUGGCAACUCUCACAGACAGCUGCGUGCUGGCUGUGGUCUCCAGGUGCAGCUCUCUGAAUGCCGUCUCCCUCCUGGACGCCCCUCACCUCUCGGACAGCGCCCUCAGGGGCAUCGCGGAGGCGUGCAAGCUGAGACGGAUUGGGGUCGAAGGUAAUAAUCGAAUUACAGACGCAGGCUGGAAGGCUGUGUGUAGGAGCUCACCCUGUCUGAGGCACAUCCACGCGGUGGACUGCCGAGGACUGACCGAUGUCAGCAUGAGAGCAAUAGGAUCCCUGAAGAGUCUGAUUUCACUCAAUGUAGCGGACUGUGUCAGGGUGAGUGAUGUGGGUCUGCGGUGGCUGGUGGAUGGCCCGUCUGGACCCAGGAUCCAGGAGUUGGACCUGAGCAGCUGUGUGCGCGUCGGUGACAGCUCCCUCAUGAGGAUCGUGCAGAAGUGCACCAGCCUGAAGCACCUGAAGCUAUGUUACUGUGAUCACCUGACAGACGCGGGAGUGGAGUGGCUCGGAGGGGCCUCCUCCCUCAUCUCCCUGGACCUCUCAGGGACCAACAUUCAGGACCAGAGCUUGACGGCCCUCGGCAACAAUCCUGGCCUGAAGAGGCUCAAUUUGUCAGAAUGUCUCUGGAUCACAGACAUAGGAGUAGAGAAAUUCUGCCGGCAGGUGAGGGGUCUGGAGCACAUGGAUGUGUCUCACUGCCUUUCACUGUCGGACCAGGCCAUCAAAGCGCUGUCCUUCUACUGCCGAACCAUCAUCUCCCUCAGAAUGGCCGGAUGCCCCAAAAUGACUGACCUGGCAGUGCAGUACCUGAUGGGGGCGGGGCUGUACCUGCGAGAGCUGGACGUGAGUGGCUGCGUUCACCUGACUGACAGGAGCACCAGACUCCUGCAGAAGGGCUGCCAGAGGCUCCGCUCCGUCACGAUGCUCUACUGCAGGGGCAUCUCCAAGCAGGCCGCCCUGAAGCUGAGGCACCGUGUCCGCCAAUGGGAGCACAGCAGGGAUGACGUCCCCUCCUGGUACGGCUACAACACCCUCGGGCAGCUGCUCCGCCCCAUCCCCAGGCUGGACACCCUGAGAAGGAGAAGGGGACAGCAAGAGUAG